UUUUGUUUCAUGACGUCAUCUAUCAGCGACACGCUUUGGAUUCAGCCGAUGAAGAUGGCCUUUAUUAAAGAGGAGAGUGAAGACCUGAAGAUUGAAGAAACAUUCAGAGUCAAACAUGAAGAUGCUGAGCUGCAUACAGAUGCGUUGGUGCUGAAAGAGGAGAGCGAUGAAAUGAAAGAGAAAGAUCAAUGUGAGCAACACCAGGGUAUCGUGACUGUUGAAAAAUCUUCAGAGCAGAAAAAGACUCAGAAAACCAAAUCUACCUGUUGUGAUUGUGGAAAGAGUUUCAGCCAAAAACACAACCUGAAAAUCCACAGAAGGACUCACACUGGAGAGAAGCCUUUCACCUGUCAACACUGUGGAAAGAGUUUUGCUCAAAAACAAAACCUUAAGGUCCACAUGAGAGUUCACACUAGAGAGACACCCUACACCUGCCAAGAUUGUGGAAGGAGUUUCAAUCAAAAAACAAACCUGGAAAUCCACAGAAUAAUUCACACUGGAGAGAAGCCUUUUACCUGUCAACAGUGUGGAAAGAGUUUCAGUCAAAAACAAACCCUUAAGGUACACAUGAGAAUCCACACAGGAGAGAAACCUUUCUCCUGCCAUCACUGUGGAAAGACUUUCACUGAUAAACAAAAUCUUAUGGUCCACAUGAGAAUCCACACUGGAGACAAGCCUUAUAUCUGUACAGUAUGUGGAAAGAAUUUCAGUCAAAAACCAAGCCUUGAUGUCCAUGUGGGAAUUCAUACUGGAGAGAAGCCCUACCAAUGCCAACAAUGUGGGAAGAGUUUCAAUCGUAAACAAAACCUUCAGGUCCAUAUGAGUAUCCAUAGUGGAGACAAGCCUUACCAAUGCCAACAGUGUGGGAAGAGUUUCAACCGUAAACAAAACCUGCAGGUCCACAUGAGAAUCCACACUGGAGAGAAGCCUUUCUCCUGCCAUCAGUGCGGAAAGAGUUUCAGUCAUGAACACAACCUUAAGGUUCACAUGAGAAUCCACACUGGAGACAAGCCUUACACCUGUCAGCAAUGUGGAAAGAGUUUCACUCAAAAACAAAACCUUAAGGUCCACAUGAGAAUCCACACAGGAGACAAGCCUUACCAAUGCCAAGAGUGUGGAAAGAGUUUCAUUGAUAAACAACACCUUAAGGUCCACAUGAGAAUCCACACCGGAGACAAGCCUUACCAAUGCCAACAGUGUGAAAGGAGUUUUGAUCGUAAAGAAAACCUUAAAGUCCACAUGAGAAUCCACACCGGAGAGAAGCCUUUCACCUGCCAUCAGUGUGGAAAGAGUUUGAAUCGUAAAAAAAACCUUCAGGUCCACAUGAGAAUCCACACUGGAGACAAGCCUUACCAAUGCCAACAGUGUGGAAAGUCUUUUAAUCGAAAACAAAACUUUCAGGUCCACAUGAGAAUCCACACUAAAGAGAAGCCUUUCUCCUGCCAUCAGUGUGGAAGGAGUUUUAAUCGUAAGCAAAACCUUAAGGUCCACAUGAGAGUCCACACUGGAGACAAGCCUUACCAAUGCCAACAGUGUGGGAAGAGCUUCAGUCAGAAAGCAACCCUUGAUCUCCACAUGAGAAUCCACUCUAGAGAGAAGCCUUACAAAUGCCAACACUGCGGAGAGAGUUUCAGUCAGAAAGCACAUCUCACAGGACACGAGAGAGUUCACACUAAAGAGAAACCUUACACGUGCCUACAGUGUGGAAAAUGCUUCAGUUUAAAACAAAACCUUAAGCUCCACGUGAGAAUCCACUCUGGGGAGAAGCCUUACCAGUGCCAACACUGUGGAAAGAGUUUCAAUCAGAGAUCACACCUUACAGGGCACACGAGAGUUCACACUAAAGAGAAACCUUACAACUGUUGUGAUUGUGGAAAGAGUUUCAGCCAAAAACCAAACCUGGACGUCCACAGAAGGAUUCACACCGGAGAGAGGCCUUUUACCUGUCAACAAUGCGGGAAGAGUUUCAAUCAGAAACAAAAACUUGAGUUCCACACAAGGAUUCACACUGGAGAGAAGCCUUUCUCCUGUCAGCAGUGUGGAAAGAGUUUCGCUCAACAGACAAACCUUAAGGUCCACAUGAGAGUUCACACCAGAGAGAGACCUUACACCUGCCAAGAUUGUGGAAAGAGAUUCUUCCACAAACAAAACCUUAAGGUCCACAUGCGGGUCCACACUGGAGAAAAGCCUUACGUUUGCCAGCAGUGUGGAAAGAGUUUCAGUCAGAAAACAAAUCUCGACGCUCACAUGGGAACUCACAGUGUAGUAAAUCCCUUCAUCUGCCAACAGUGUGGAAAGAGUUUCGGUCAUAAACAAAAUCUUAAAAUACACAUGAGGGUUCACACUGGAGAGAAGCCUUACAGCUGCGGGCAGUGCGGGAAGAGCUUCAGACAAUACCCAUCCCUCAAAAUCCACGUAAGAAUUCACACCGGAGAGAAGCCUUACACCUGCCGCGAUUGUGGAAAGAGUUUCAAUUAUAAGCAAAACCUGGAAGUUCACCGAAGAAUUCACACUGGAGAGAAACCUUACCAAUGCCGUCAGUGUGGAAAGAGUUUCAGUCAAAAAAUACAACUCGAAGGCCACAUGGGAGUUCACACUGGAGUAAAUCCCUUCACAUGUCAACAGUGUGGGAAGAGUUUCAAUCGUAAACAAAACCUUAAGGUCCACAUAAGAGUUCACACAGGAGAGAAGCCUUACCAAUGCCAACAGUGUGGGAAGAGUUUCAGUCAGCAAAAGAACCUUGACAGCCAUUUAGUAAUUCACACUGGAGCAAACCCUUUUGUGUGUCAGCAGUGUGGGAAGAGUUUCAAUCAUAAGCAAAACCUUCAGGUCCACAUGAGAAUCCACACUGGAGAGAAGCCUUACCAAUGCCGACAGUGUGGAAGGAGUUUCAGCCAAAAAACCCAUCUUGAAGCCCACAUAGGAAUACACACUGGAGUAAAUCCUUUCGUCUGUCAACACUGCGGAAAGAGUUUCAAUCAAGAACAAAACCUUAGGGUCCACACGAGUGUUCACACUGGGAAUAAGCCUUAUAUGUGCCAGUGUGGAAAGAGUUUCAUCCGAAAAGGACAACUUGAAAAACACAUGACCAUUCACACUGAAGAGAAGCCUUACACGAAUAUUGAUGAAUCAUAGGACUCACACAGAGAAGCUCUGUGGAAAUCUGGUGGAAGGCCAACUGCAUGCUUUUGGGUAUUUAAAACUUUGGUUGUUGCGAUGCCAGACUGGCAACAUUUCCAUACACCCAGAUAAUUUGUUUGUAAUUGGAUUGGCCGUUCGAUCUUAUUGAAAACUGUUCAAAUAAAUGUAACGGAGGCCAGCUAGUA